AUGACCAUUAAGACGAAGUUUAACGAUUCGAAGUCAGCACCAAAUGUUGUCCAAAAGAAAAAAGAACCAAUGCUGCUUGGCUUAUCGGUGAAACAUCUCAUUCUUCUGUACCAUGUAGUUUUCUUCCUGGUGCAAAUCGACUCAUUCAUUCACAUCAAGGAUAAGAAAUUCAAUGACAUUGUUUGGGGGAUCAUCACGGUUAUCUGCAACUCGGGCAGUUUCUAUGGAAUUCUGACUGAAAAUAAGAAGUACAUCAAAUUUCACUACUGGUACUGCAUCUUUGUUAGUGCUAUUCCUGUCGCUUUCCUCCAACUGCUCUCGGUCGGCAUCAUCCAUAGAUUGGUCACCGGCGAGGAGGGAUUUCUUUCUGGCGAAAUAAUGUGUGCUCUAAAAGCAUUCGGAUAUGUUCUCGGCUUUGUGAUGAUCUUCUUUCUGUACAUUUGGAUGUGUUACAAGCUUCACAAACAUCUUGCAAAUCACUCGAUGGUUCUCCCGUACAGUGCUAAAGACGUGCAUGUCAUCUACAAUCCGAACUACGACGCAAACCAUCACUCUAUCAAUUCUGCAACUAUUUGA